UCAAUCGAUCCUUCCUGACAGGGAAUCGGGAUAAAAAGUUUGAGGUGGCCGCUCAAGCAAAAGUUUGGUUAGUCGGAGGUAGGGGGUUAAAUCCAGAGAAGAUGAGCGACACAGAGGUACAAAGCGCAGCACCGUCUGAGCAACCACAACCCGAGAGAAAAAUCAUCGCGACAGGGGUGCAAGGAACCGUGAAAUGGUUUAAUGUCCGCAACGGAUAUGGCUUUAUCAAUAGAAAUGACAGCAAAGAAGAUGUGUUUGUUCAUCAGACUGCAAUAAAAAAGAACAACCCAAGAAAGUUCCUGAGAAGUGUGGGGGAUGGUGAGGUUGUGGAGUUUGACGUUGUUGAAGCAGCUAAAGGCUCUGAGGCAGCCAAUGUUACUGGUCCGGAUGGAGUACCUGUCAAAGGCAGCCGAUUUGCCCCCAAUAAACGCAGAUUCCGUAGGCGCUUUUAUCCACGGGAUGCACGUCCUGAUCAGGGAGAGGCAAAAGCUGGUCCCACAUCUGAGGGAGAGGGCAAUGAAGAGAAAGAAGCGCCUCAGCCACGCCCUCGUCGCCCGCGCCCACGUAGGAGGCCUACUGCUCCACAAGUCGAGGGAGAAGCAGAAGAAAAGAAUGAGGCAGUAGAUGAUGACCAGCAGAGGCCACCACCACGCAGGUUCAGACCUCGAUAUCGAAGACCAUUCCGUCCUCGUCCGCCUCCUGGAGAGGGUCAACCGACAGUUGGCCCUGAUGAAGAGCAAGAGUCACCCCCUAAAGAGGGCCAGACCAAUGGGGAGCAGGUUGAAGGUCAGCCCCGGAAACAACGAAGACAGUUCACUCGCCGCAGACAGAGAAAAUCUGAAUCCGGUGCCUCUAAAGAUGGAGAUGAACCUGAAAAAGUGGAGACCCCGGCUCAGUCCUCUGAACCUGCUGAUGUCAAAUCCACUUCUGAAACUUCCCCAAAACAGUCCCCUAAAAAAUCUGAGACGCCUGCCCCCACAGCUGCCAAGUCUGCAGAAUGAUUUCUGUGACCUGGAUGAAAUCAUGUGACCCUGGCAAGAGGUUCCUGGAUGGGUUAGUUUGGGGGUAGGACCUCGCCUGUCUCAUCAAACUUUCAACCAAUGUGCACACAACUUGCCUCUUGCUUCUACAUCCUGUCCCUCCCCCAACCUGAUCGAUCCCUUGUGGUCUGGACCCUUCCUCUGUCAGAG